CUCGAGGCAAACCUUUCCUCCAGCCUCGCUCCUGCCGUUCCCCAGCUCCCCCCCGGUAGCAGAGGGACACCCUCCCUGCCGGCCGUCGCUUCCCCUCUCCCCCUCGGCCCUCCCCAGCGCCGGAGAGAGCGAGACGAAAAGUGUCGGAGCGGGGAGCGCAUAGCAACAGGGUCUGGCAUGAAGAAGGUUCGGCAGCAGCAUCUCCGGAAGCCCGUGACACCAGAUCUCCUGGUAAGCCCCAGCAGCCAGGAUGGGGACCUGGGCUCCGAGUGCCCAGAAGACAGAGGGAACUGGACGGGGCGGCUGGAUUUCCUCCUCUCCUGCAUCGGAUACUGCGUUGGCCUUGGAAACGUCUGGAGGUUCCCUUACAGGGCUUACACCAACGGAGGAGGAGCUUUCUUGGUUCCUUACUUCAUCAUGCUGGCCAUCUGUGGGAUCCCCAUCUUCUUCAUGGAACUGUCACUUGGCCAGUUCUCCAGCCUGGGGCCACUUGCAGUCUGGAAGAUAAGCCCUCUCUUUAAAGGCAUUGGCAUGGGCACGAUCCUCAUCGUCUCCUUGGUGGCCAUUUACUACAAUAUGAUCAUUGCUUAUGUUCUCUUCUACCUCUUUGCAUCCCUCACAAGCGACUUGCCCUGGCAGCACUGCGGCAACUGGUGGAACACCGACCUGUGCCUGGACCAUCACGUCAUCAAGGGGGGGAACACCACCUUCCCUGUCAACAUCACCAACACUGUCAGCCCCAGCGAGGAGUACUGGAGUCGGUAUGUCCUGCACAUCCAAGGGAGCUCAGGGAUCGGGGAUCCCGGGAGGAUCCGCUGGAACUUGUGUCUGUGCCUGCUCCUUUCUUGGACUAUCGUCUAUCUGUGCAUCCUUAAGGGAGUCAAAUCCUCUGGCAAGGUCGUGUACUUUACUGCCACCUUCCCGUACCUCAUCCUGGUGAUGCUGCUCAUUCGUGGUGUGACCCUGGAGGGGGCCUGGAAGGGGAUACGGUUUUACCUCACCCCCCAGUUUGAUCACUUGCUGUCUUCCAAGGUGUGGAUCGAGGCAGCCCUGCAGAUUUUCUACUCCCUUGGGGUGGGCUUUGGGGGCCUCCUCACCUUCGCCUCGUACAACACCUUCCAUCAGAAUAUCUACAGGGACACCUUCAUAGUGACCCUGGGUAAUGCCAUCACCAGCAUCCUGGCAGGGUUUGCCAUCUUCUCUGUUUUGGGAUACAUGUCCCAGGAGCUUGGGGUCCCUGUUAACCAGGUGGCAAAAGCAGGUCCUGGUCUGGCUUUUGUGGUGUACCCACAGGCCAUGACAAUGCUCCCCCUUUCUCCAUUCUGGUCAUUCCUGUUCUUCUUCAUGCUGUUAACCUUGGGCCUGGACAGCCAGUUUGCAUUCAUGGAGACCAUCGUUACGGCAGUGACAGAUGAAUUUCCCUACUACCUGCGGCCAAAGAAAGCCUCCUUCUCGGCUGUCAUCUGCAUUGCCCUCUUCCUGAUGGGGCUCAUCCUCACAACAGAGGGUGGGAUGUACUGGCUGGUCCUACUGGAUGAUUACAGUGCUGGCUUUGGCCUCAUGGUGGUGGUGAUCACUACCUGCCUCGUGGUGACACGUGUCUAUGGCAUAAAGAGGUUCUGCCGAGAUAUCCACAUGAUGCUGGGCUUCAAACCAGGGCCCUACUUCAGAGCCUGCUGGAUGGUCCUAUCCCCAGCAACGAUGAUGGCUCUGCUGGUAUAUAACAUAGUCAAGUACCAGCCCUCCGAGUAUGGCAGCUACCGCUUCCCCACCUGGGCCGAGGUCUUGGGCAUCCUCAUGGGAGUCCUCUCCUGCCUGAUGAUUCCCCUGGGCAUGGUGGUGGCUGUGCUCCGAGAAGAAGGGACCCUGUGGGAGCGAGUCCAGCAGGCCAGCCGGCCCGCCAUGGACUGGGGCCCGUCGCUGGAGGAGAACCGGACGGGCAUGUACGUGGCCAGCCUGGCGGGCAGCCAGUCCCCCAAACCGCUGAUGGUCCACAUGAGGAAAUACGGGGGCAUCACCAGCUACGAGAACACGGCCAUCGAAGUGGACCGGGAGAUGGAGGAGGAGGACGAGGAGGAGUCCAUGAUGUGAGGGGACCCCCGCCACCCCCAAUUUGCACGGGUUGCACUGCAGCACUUCAGGACAGCUUGGGGGGUCUUUCGGGCAGCAGUCGGGAGCUGUCAACCCUGCCAGGUUCCUCACCACCACCCUGGCCCUGCCACGAUAGAGCUGCUGCCCAUCCUGGUGCCCCUGAUGUGUUUCUGUUCAGUGUGACAAACUGUGAUGAGUCCAUCCGUUCAUGUGACAGUGUCUGGUUGAAGUGUCAGGGUUGCCCCACUCCCACCCUCAGCCCCAGCCCUGCCCUCCUCGUGUAGGGGUAUCCAGGGUGCAGGAAUGUCCAGGCUGCAGCAGGUGGGGAGGUGGAAGAGGUUGAGGAGGUCCUCUGCAUUGGUCUGUUCUGUGUUUGUGUGUAUUUGACUCCAGUAACCCAUAAACACAUGUGAGAAAGGCUGUAACAUCCUCCAUGCCCUGAGGACAAUGUGCACCAGUGUGCUCUGAUCACACAGAGGUAUUCCAGCAAAUAACCAGCACUAAUCAGUGUCCUCCCAAAGAAAUUUGACCUAAUAAAUGAGCAGUUAAAAGCAAUUGAAAAAAA